AUGGGCCCAUGGCCCACGCGACGCGGUCGCAGUGAUUUCUCUUUUCCAAUUCCUAUUCACUCCAUUGCUUUCUCGUGUGAGGCUGCUGCAAGGAGAUGUUGCGCAUACCCAUCGACAUCCCGCGAUAGUACUUCGUUACCCGAGAUGCACCUCCGGUCUGGGUUACUUUCGUGGAUCCAGUCGCUGCAUUCCAGCGCCGUGGCUGCGGCUGACGCCAUUCGCACGGGAACAUGGAGAGAAAACCAAUAUCAGCUCCUUCAAGGAGCGCAACAGCAGAAAACCAAGCGCACGUUUACCUUCGCAGGGCUGACGACAGCGGCCAUUCUGUUUCUUUGGCUUCUCGCCUCCAAUGGGCAGCAUGGUCCCCUCGACAAACGCUCAUGCGAGCAUCCAGUUGCUCGCCUUGUCUAUGAUGCCACGAAAGCGUUCAACGAAACCUUGGAACACCAAUCUACCUCGUUGGCCGGAGCCGUGGCUGAAUACCAACGACGGUAUAAUAUGCCACCACCUCCGCACUUUGACGAAUGGUACGCCUUUGCGACGGCACGAAACACUGUCUUGAUUGAUGAAUUCGACACUAUCUAUCACACUUUACAGCCCUUCUGGGGGCUUGAACCCCGCACGAUUCGUUCGCGCGUAAGAGAGGAUCUCGGAUUCGACAACCACGUUAUGGGUGUUGCUAUUCGAGACGGCAGGGCUAUGCAUUUGGGCAAUGGCCAGGGAGAAUUCCAGAAAGAUGCCACGCUCAGGAUUCUUGAAAAGUUUUCUCAAUGGCUGCCAGACAUGCUAUUGGAAUUCAACGUACACGACGAGCCGCGAGUGGUCAUUCCACAUGAAGAACUUCACAUGCUGAUCACCAGGGGCUAUGAAACUCAAGCUCGGUUAAACCAGAACUCGACGUUGUCAAACAUUUUCUCCAAGGGCGAUUCGCAUGACCCUCUUCCACCAGAGGAAGUCUUCACGAGCAGAUUCAACAACAUUGAGCGCCAGGAGACCUGGCUUUACUCCCGACUGUCAUGUCCACCAGACACACCCGCCAAGUCUCUCGAUGGCAACGCACCAGAUAACUCCAGUGCGUACGCCAUAGAGCCUUUGGGGUUCGUCUUCAACCACACUGCCGCCAGUGACAUGUGUAACAGCCCGUCACUACGACACCGCCUCGGUGUUUUCGAACGCCCAAACGCUUUCAAGCUAACAAACGAACUUACGCCCGUCUUCUCCAUGUCCCACCCGUCCUCAUUCCAGGACAUCGCGGUCCCUUCGCCAUACUACUACGAAGGCAUCGCGCACUACGACGAAAACACUUCAGUCGAGUGGGAGAACAAGAGGCGCCAACUCUACUGGCGUGGCAAAACAACUGGCGGACAUAGUCGUGGUGGCACAUGGGAAAAUUUCCAGCGUCAGCGCAUUAUCGGCAAUUUGACCCAUCCCCGAUCCCCCCAGUAUUUGCUCCAGCCCAAAAGCGGCUCAGCUUGUAUCCCAGGUCGCACCGAAGGCUGGGAGGUCCAGCAGGCCAAUAGAUCCCAGAUAGAGGGAUUCUUCAAUACGCAUUUCGUUGAAAUCAUUGAUUGCGACGAAGACUGCAUGGACGAGGAAGAGUUCUUCGACGACGUCGUAGAACCAGAUCCACCAGAAGAAGCCUGGAAAUAUCGGUAUCUGCUCGAUAUGGAUGGUCAUGCUUACAGCGGACGAUUCUACGCUUUCAUGCGCAGCAAGAGCGUCCCGUUCAAGCUCACAUUCUUCCGGGAAUGGCAUGAGGACGUACUCGUUCCGUGGGUCCACUAUGUGCCGAUUAAUAAGGAUGGGAAUGAAAUUCCGGAGUUGGUGCGCUUCUUCGAGCAGGACCCUGCGGGUCAGCGGAUUGCGAGGUCUAUUGGUGAAGACGGCCAAGCUUGGGCUGCUAGGACGAUUAGGAAUGAUGAUAUUGACGUUUACAUGUUCCGGCUUUUCUUGGAGUAUGUUUUCGACCACGCAUUGGUUUCGUGUUGGUUAUGCUGA